AUGGCCAACGACGAGUACGACUUCCUCUUCAAGGUCGUCCUGAUUGGAGAUUCUGGUGUCGGUAAAUCCAACCUCUUGAGCCGUUUCACCCGCAACGAGUUCAACCUUGAUUCAAAGUCGACCAUCGGUGUCGAGUUCGCUACGCGCAGCAUCCAAGUCGACAACAAGACCAUCAAGGCUCAGAUCUGGGACACCGCCGGUCAGGAGCGCUACCGCGCCAUCACCUCCGCCUACUACCGUGGUGCCGUUGGUGCCCUGCUCGUCUACGACAUCAGCAAGCACCAGACAUACGAAAACGUCACCAGAUGGCUCAAAGAGCUGAGAGACCAUGCCGACAGUAACAUUGUCAUUAUGCUGGUUGGAAACAAGUCCGAUCUGAGACACUUGCGCGCCGUGCCUACCGAGGAGGCCAAGCAGUUUGCUAGCGAGAACAACCUCUCAUUCAUUGAAACCUCUGCUCUGGAUGCCAGCAACGUUGAGCUUGCCUUCCAAAACAUCCUCACAGGUAUGCAUUCCACGUCUCAGUGCCAUGAUUCCAUCUCACACGUGCUCCAGNAAAUCUACCGCAUCGUUUCCAGCAAGGCUCUCGAUCAAGGCGAGGGCAAGGAGAGCGGUCCCGGCAGCGGUGCUCCCGUCAGUGUCCCCUUGACCAAGCCUGCCGACGGUAACGCAAAGUCCGGCCAGUGCUGCUAA